GGACAAAGAAAUUAAUGGACUCUAUGGGAGAUUUCAGAUGUAAAUAAACAUACGAAAAACAUUGAUCCUCACUAAUCAGAAAUGCCAGAUAAAGCAGCCACAUCUGACCCACCAAAUUGGGCUGUCAGGUAUUAAGCAGGGAGUGAGUUACAUGAUUUUGAACUGCCUGUGGAGAACGGAUUGGUGUGGGCGUUGUUCGGAGACUGGAGGUGAAGAAACUGUUAGGAGGCUGUUUCAUAUCCAGUAGGAACCUAGAAAAAUUGUGCAAUGAAUGGUGAUACUCAAGCCGCAGUGGUGACCUCACCACCCCCGACCACAGCCCCUCACAAAGAGAGGUACUUCGACAGGGUGGAUGAAAACAAUCCUGAAUACCUUCGAGAGAGGAACAUGGCACCAGAUCUUCGCCAGGACUUCAACAUGAUGGAGCAAAAAAAGAGGGUGUCCAUGAUACUGCAGAGCCCCGCUUUCUGCGAAGAGUUGGAAUCAAUGAUACAGGAACAAUUUAAGAAGGGGAAGAACCCCACCGGCCUGCUGGCAUUGCAGCAGAUUGCAGAUUUUAUGACCACAAAUGCUCCAAAUGUCUACCCAGCAGCCCCCCAAGGAGGGAUGGCUGCCUUGAACAUGAGUCUUGGUAUGGUAACUCCUGUUAAUGACCUUAGAGGAUCUGAUUCGAUUGCCUAUGACAAAGGGGAGAAGUUAUUACGGUGUAAAUUGGCAGCAUUUUACAGACUGGCAGAUCUUUUUGGGUGGUCUCAGCUUAUCUACAAUCAUAUCACAACUAGAGUGAGCUCCGAGCAGGAACACUUCCUCAUUGUACCGUUUGGGCUUCUCUACAGUGAAGUGACUGCAUCCAGUUUGGUGAAAGUCAAUUUCCAAGGAGACAUUGUAGACCGCGGAAGCACUAAUCUAGGAGUGAAUCAGGCUGGCUUCACGCUACACUCUGCUAUCUACGCUGCAAGGCCGGACGUGAAGUGUGUGGUCCACAUCCACACGCCGGCAGGGGCUGCGGUCUCCGCCAUGAAGUGCGGCCUCUUGCCCAUCUCCCCUGAGGCACUUUCCCUUGGAGAAGUGGCUUAUCAUGAUUAUCAUGGGAUUUUGGUUGAUGAAGAAGAAAAGGUUUUAAUUCAGAAAAAUUUGGGGCCUAAAAGCAAGGUUCUCAUUCUCCGGAACCAUGGGCUGGUGUCCGUCGGAGAGAGCGUUGAGGAGGCCUUCUAUUACAUCCACAACCUUGUGGUUGCAUGUGAGAUCCAGGUUCGAACUCUGGCCAGUGCAGGAGGGCCAGACAACCUAGUCUUCCUGGAUCCUGGGAAGUACAAAGCCAAAUCCCGUUCCCCGGGGCCCCCAGCAGGGGAGGCCACUGGAUCGCCUCCCAAGUGGCUGAUCGGUGAGCAGGAGUUUGAAGCCCUUAUGCGGAUGCUUGAUAACCUGGGUUACAGAACUGGCUACCCUUACCGAUACCCGGCUCUGAGAGAAAAAUCUAAAAAAUACAGCGAUGUGGAGGUUCCUGCUAGUGUCACAGGUUACUCCUUUGCUAGUGACAGUGAUCCGGGCACUGGCUCUCCUCUCAGACACAGUUUUCAGAAGCAGCAACGAGAGAAGACAAGAUGGCUGAGCUCUGGCCGGGGCGGCGAUGCCUCUGAGGAAGGGCAGAAUGGAAGCAGCCCCAAGUCGAAGACUAAGGUGUGGACGAACAUUGCACACGAUCACGUGAAACCCUUGCUGCAGUCUCUCUCGUCCGGUGUCUGCGUGCCAAGCUGUAUUACCAACUGCUUGUGGACUAAAGAGGAUGGACAUAGAACUUCCACCUCUGCUGUCCCUAACCUGUUUGUUCCACUGAACACAAACCCGAAAGAGGUCCAGGAGAUGAGGAACAAGAUCCGAGAGCAGAACUUACAGGACAUUAAGACAGCCGGCCCCCAGUCCCAGGUUUUGUGUGGCGUGUCAUCGAUGGACAGGAGCCGCCUCGUCCAGGGGGAGCUGGUGACAGCCUCCAAAGCCAUCAUUGAGAAGGAGUACCAGCCCCGUGUCAUUGUGAGCACCAAGGAUCCCAACCCCUUCAACACGCUCACUGACCAGGAUCUGGAGGAGUACCGCAGGGAGGUGGAGCUCAAGCACAAGGGGCCUGCAGAGUGUCUGGACGAGACCACAGAGCAGAAAGAUGGCAGUCCUCCAGAGCACCCUGCUGCCCCCACCACCCCCGUCAAGCUGGAGGAAGACCUGCUGCGGGAUUCUGUUUUCGGAGACGACAGCGAUGCCGCCACCUUUAAGCCCACUCUCCCCGACCUGUCCCCUGAUGAGCCUUCAGAAGCGCUUGGCUUCCCAACACUGGACAAGGAGGAGGGAGAGGGGCUUGGCGAAGCCCAUGGCCCUCCAAGCCCUGCCAGGUCCUCCACGGUGGCCAGCCCUGAGCCGGCCCCAGCCCAGGUGGCUGAAGAAGCCUCCUCCCCAGCCGCUGAGGAGGGGGCUGCCGCAGACCCAGGCAGCGAUGGGUCUCCAGGCAAGUCCCCUUCCAAAAAGAAGAAGAAGUUCCGCACCCCCUCCUUCCUGAAGAAGAGCAAGAAGAGGAGCGACUGCUGAAGGCCCGUCCUGUACAAACCGACUGUGUCUUGUGUUGUCUUCCUGUGUAAUGGGAUGCAAAGCCCACCCCCAUGUAGCUAGAGCUCCCCUCCCGCCUGACCGAACCCCAUGUGGACCGGUGCUAACCUCCUGUGCUUGCAGUGGCCUCCCCCGACACCUGGACCUCAGUCUCAGGUCCAGGGAGGUUUGGUCCCCGUGUCCACCUCUGUGCCCGUCUGUCUGCUCCUCAGAGAUGUGCUCCCUGGGGGCAUUCAGUCAUGGUUCUGGCUGCACAGGCAGAGGCCCUGCUGGCUCUGGCCUUGACCUCUUGCUCUCCUGUUGUGAAGUAACUCCCACUCUGUCCUUGCUAGGCUCCCCUUCACCCUAAGGUCCCAGGGGACUGAAUCAGACUCAUAGCUUCCUGCUGGCGUAUCUGCUCCGUGAUCUCACUUUGUUCAUAUACAUGAAGGUGUGGUCCUAUGAAAACAUUCCUGUGCCUGCCAGCGGCCCAGGGCCCCGUGGUGACUUGGACUUGAGCUGGAGGCCAGUGCACGCCCAACGCAACCUGUGCAUGGUCCACUCUGAGUACCCCGUGGCCAGAACCAGACUCAGGGCUCAGUGUCCUACUCGCUGGGGCCUCAAGUGCUGUCGUAGGGAGGGUCUACCAGGAGGGGAGAAUCUUUCAGCAGAUUUGCAGUUCAUCCUACAUUGCUAACUGUGAACGUGAGCAGCAACUUUUUGCUUUAGUUUCUCUCCAGGGCCUGCCGCAGAGCACCGUUCACCUAUUUUGGGGCAGGUUUCAGAGCAGAGAGGGUCUGCUCUUACCUUAUUCCGGCCUGAGAGAUGCCUGGUUCUGACCAGUAGUAGCUCAAGGCAGGAGUCGGCCCUGGCGGUCCCUGCCAGUCUCUGUGCCCGGCACACGUGGAGCCCUGCCUUGCACCCAACUCCACCCCCUGGAGAACAGUGUGAAGCUGCUUGGUGGGAGCUAGCAGGUGGCCACAUGGACUCCUCCAGGGGCCUGUUUCAGGAGCUGCUCCAAGCCAGCCUGCCCCGCCCCAGACAGGCCCCCUGAGGGGUGGGAGGGGCCCUUGGGGGUCUGGUGCCAGACGCAGGCUCAGGUCCCACAACCUCGACACCCAGGCAGGACCUCGGCCGCUGCAUGGCCUGACUGCCGCUUCGCGCUAACUGGUGGGCGCGCUGCUUCUCCGUGUGUCACGUUGCCGUGUCCGGCUCCCCACCGUCCCUGUCCUUGCGUUGGCCACGGACUCUUCCUUUGACCCUUCCUUGAUCCCACAUAUGCAAUGACUUUCACCUCACUUUGUAGUUUAUUUUAACUCUUUGUAUCACACCAUGUAGUCACCUACAUGGACACAGGCUUGGGAGGGCAGGCCGUGUCCUUUCUUCACUGUUACACGUUUUACUCACAAAUAAAGUUCUUUAAGCAGUAUCCUGUCGAGACCUG